AUGGCAAUAGGAGCCCUGAUAGAACCAUUAUUCAGUCACCUUCCCUUCUUUCUCGCGCUCGUCGUACGCCCAUCGCCCUAUCGGAAGCUCUUCUUCAUCCCUAUCCUCUGCGCCAACAUCUGGAUACUUCUCUACGGAUCAAGCCCAGUAAACUAUUCAAGAGUAGUCAAUAUUUGGGGCACUUCACUUGCCACACGUGUCGCCAUCGCCUCCGAUUUCAUCCUUCUCACUGAUGUGCAGAACGAACUCCGGCUUCAAAUCGACAAACGGCAUAUCUCGUCUGCGCCCCUCCGCGAGCGUAUGUCAUGGGGGUUUCGCCUUAUGACGACCUCGCGCGGGAUAGGAUGGGCACAUGAGUGCACAACUCGUUUCCCGCCCAAGCCCCAGAACAUCUCCCGCUGGGCUUUUGUCGUAUCUAAGCUUUUAUGGGCGGGAUACUAUUAUAUCCUCAGUGACCUUGAGCAGAUUCCGUUGCAGUGGAAUUUUGCGGUUAUUAGAGGUGAAGUGGGUAUGGAGGGGCUGACGGGGUUAUUCGCCCGAGCGACGUUCCUCGUGUACCUCGCUGAGGUGUACACAGGGAUGAAUAUGGCGUAUAACAUCCUGGCAGCCGUGACAGUUUCAGUGGGGCUGUCGGAGCCGAGGGAUUGGCCGGCAAUAUUUGGGUAUUGGAGCGAUGCCUAUACGGUUGGACGGUUUUGGGGGCGAUUUUGGCAUCAGAAUUUUCGAAGAUUUGUCACCGCCCACGGUAAAUUUAUCUCCAAGAACAUUUUCCAUCUUAAAAGUGGCACGUCUCUGGCAUGGCAUGUGCAACUAUUCGUUGCUUUUGCCCUCUCCGGUCUUAUUCACCUAGCGGGUGACUACCGCGGUCAGGACGAUUGGACGAAGGGAGGCACAAUGCGAUUUUUCCUGCUUCAAGCGGUAGCGAUCAGUUUUGAAGACGUAGUCAUCAACCUGGCUUCGAGGCUUGGAUUUGGGAAAACCACACGGCUUUCGAAAUGUAUUGGAUAUCUCUGGGUCUUGGGUUGGUGGAUUUGGGCAGUACCUCCGUGGACUGGUCCAUGGGCGGAGGUUAGGAUUCGUGAAGUGGGUCACCAUAGGCAGAGCUUCAUUUUGCGUGUUUGUCAGCAAGUACUGGGAGACUCGGAGGGAAGUCGGCUACUUUAG